AAAGAUUGAGGGAUCAUCAGGUUCCUCAGCUGUCCGGCCGGAGAAGUCUCCCUAGAGAUGAAUUCCUACCUAGAAUACACUUCUUGCGGGGAUGUUGUAGCCUUUUCACCCAAGUUCUGCCGCAGCGACCAAAGAAACAUGACCUUGCAGCCUUACCCUGGCAGUGGAGCAGAUCAUCCCUUUAUGCCAGUUGGAGGUGUGCCUGGCUCCGUUGCCCACCAGGCUUCUCACCAGUCUCCAGCACUUUAUGCUCCAUGCAGCCUAGAUGUCGCUUAUGAGCCACCCCCACCUUCUGAUUACAGUUUCUUACAUAGCAGCACCGAUUACGACUAUUAUGGAUCUAAUCACUUGGUAGAAGAGACUGGGGGCCACAUUCCCUAUGGCAGUUCUGUAUUCCCAGGGAAUGGAUCGUACAUCCUCAAUGGGCAGCUGAGCUACAGGACUCUUGGAGAAGAAACCCAAAUGGCUCAAAUCGCCCAAUGUAAGGAACCACUAGAAGUUUAUCCUGGGGGCAACUUGCAGAGUAUCUCCCCUUCGCCUGGCACUUACCCAAAACCUGCCUCCCCGGCGUCUGACACCCAUGUCAGCACGUUUGAUUGGAUGAAAGUUAAAAGGAACCCACCUAAGAAAAGUUUACAAUCUGAAUAUGGGGUAGCAAGUCCCCCCUGCACCGUGAGGACAAACUUCACCACCAAACAACUGACUGAACUCGAAAAGGAGUUUCAUUUUAACAAGUAUCUCACCAGGGCAAGACGCAUCGAAAUCGCAAACUCCCUCCAACUCAACGAUACUCAGGUUAAGAUCUGGUUCCAGAAUAGGCGAAUGAAACAAAAGAAAAGGGAAAGGGAGGGGUCUUUGCCCAAUUCUCCCCCGUCCGGACCAGCAUCCAGUAUCUGCGUAAAAACUCCACUUUCAAAGUCUGUACAUGAAACUGCGACGCUGUCGCCAUCCAAGGACGUUUAAGUAUAAAGACUCACAGCUAGAGACCAAAUAUAUGCGAUCGUCUCGGAACAGAGUUAACAACACGAUGCAUUCUGCUGCACCCCAAGCAGGCACAAACUAGGGUGACUUUGCAAUAUAUAUCGUUACUUGUGUUACCUAUAAAUUGUACAGUAUGUAUUGUAUAUACAGACCUUAGCAGCUCAAUCCUGCAUCUAUGCAUUAAAUACAUAUAUAGGGUCUAGGUUGUUUGUAGAGAGAACAGCAUGAAGGGUGGAGAUUCACAAGUACUACUCACAUAUACCUUUAUAUAAUCAUGGUUAAGUAUGUAAGAUUACACAUGCCAUGCAUGUGCGACAGAAAAAGCAAGUCCUGCAGCCAGAUACUGUACAUACUGUAUAAAGCCAGUACUGACAUUACCAAAGAUGGAUAGGAGUCUGCCAUUUCCUCAACUUUAUCGACUGAAUUUGCACUAUUGUGUUUUGCUGUUCCCUGGGUCUCAAGCAAUUUCUUCUGAAACUGACUGAACUCAUUCUGGGACGUAUUGUAGUACAUCAGGAAGCUAUGACCUGAAGGCGAAUUUUAUAAAAUUUUACUGCUGUAUAUAUCUAUUUUUUUAUAAACUAAUAAAAAUAAAAAUCAAAUUGACUAUG